AUGGUGGAAUGUUGUGUUGAGGGUUGGACAAGCCAGGCUGAUUCAUUCAACCAUGCCAGCCCUGGUUGGGCAGGUUACCGAUGGAUUGGUGAUAGUGGUGGUGAUGGAAGGUUGUUGGAAAGAUCAAAAUCUAUAUUUACUUUGAGUGCCGAGUUUCUGUGUGGAUUGAUGAUGCAGCAGCUGCUUGCUCCAGAAGCUAAAGGGAAAGAGAAGGGAAGGGAGCAUCUGACUGGCGUAACAAUUGGUCAGCUGCAUCUUGAAGAGACAUUACUCGUGGUUCACAUCUUUCAAGUUCUUCAUGGAGUUCCUGAGCAGACAGAUAGAGGCAGCAAUAACACACUGAGAGUAUGA